AUGUCUUUGGGAUCGUUGAGAUUGACUUCUUCAGCUCUAAAACCCCAGCAAGCAGAGUGCCAGAUUGCUCUUGCCACAGAACAGAGGAAAAAGAUACGAGCACUCGAUUCAAUGUCAUUCUUACAGAGCGCACAGCAGGGAUCAGGCCAAUUAUCAAAUGGACAACAAAUAGCUGUAAAAAGUCUUUCCAAGAGUUCUGGACAAGGAAUAGAAGAAUUCAAAAAUGAAGUUAUGUUGAUUGCGAAACUUCAACACAGGAAUCUUGUUAAACUAUUAGGUUGUUGCAUUCAGGAGGAAGAAAAGAUGCUUAUUUAUGAAUACAUGCCCAACAAAAGUUUAGACUCUUUUAUUUUUGAUUGGAGUAAACGCUUUGAAAUCAUCAUUGGGAUUGCUCGGGGGAUUUUGUAUCUUCAUCAAGAUUCAAGAUUGAAGAUUAUCCGUAGGGAUCUUAAAGCUAGCAAUGUCCUACUAGAUGCUGAGAUGAAUCCCAAGAUUUCAGAUUUCGGCAUGGCUCGUAUAUUCAAAGAGGGCCAAACUCAAGACAAGACAACCAGAGUUGUUGGAACAUAG